UCUGCUACAGCACCAUCAUCUGACUCGGCUUCUGCGACAGCACCAUCAUCUGAUUCGGCUUCUGCGACGACAUCAUCACCUGACUCAGCACCGUUAUCUGCAACUUCGCUCUCACUGCCAGCACCAUCAUCCGACUCGGCUUCUGCGACAGCACCAUCAUCCGACUCGGCUUCUGCGACAGCACCAUCAUCUGACUCGGCUUCUGCGACAGCACCAUCAUCUGAGUCGGCUUCUGCGACAGCACCAUCAUAUGAGUCAUCUUCUGCGGCAGCACCAUCAUCUGAGUCAUCUUCUGCGGCAGCAUCAUCAUCUGACUUCGACUCGGCUUCUGCGACAGCACCAUCAUCCGACUCGGCUUCUGCUACAGCACCAUCAUCUGACUCGGCUUCUGCGACAGCACCAUCAUCUGAGUCGGCUUCUGCGACAGCACCAUCAUCUGAUUCGGCUUCUGCGAUGACAUCAUCACCUGACUCAGCACCGUUAUCUGCAACUUCGCUCUCACUGCCAGCACCAUCAUCCGACUCGGCUUCUGCGACAGCACCAUCAUCCGACUCGGCUUCUGCGACAGCACCAUCAUCCGACUCGGCUUCUGCGACAGCACCAUCAUCUGACUCGGCUUCUGCGACAGCACCAUCAUCUGAGUCGGCUUCUGCGACAGCACCAUCAUCUGAUUCGGCUUCUGCGAUGACAUCAUCACCUGACUCAGCACCGUUAUCUGCAACUUCGCUCUCACUGCCAGCACCAUCAUCCGACUCGGCUUCUGCGACAGCACCAUCAUCCGACUCGGCUUCUGCGACAGCACCAUCAUCUGACUCGGCUUCUGCGACAGCACCAUCAUCUGAGUCGGCUUCUGCGACAGCACCAUCAUUUGAGUCGGCUUCUGCGACAGCACCAUCAUCUGAGUCGGCUUCUGCGACAGGACCAUCAUCUGACUCGGCUUCUGCUACAGCACCAUCAUCUGACUCGGCUUCUGCGACAGCACCAUCAUCUGAGUCGGCUUCUGCGACAGCACCAUCAUCUGAUUCGGCUUCUGCGACGACAUCAUCACCUGACUCAGCACCGUUAUCUGCAACUUCGCUCUCACUGCCAGCACCAUCAUCCGACUCGGCUUCUGCGACAGCACCAUCAUCCGACUCGGCUUCUGCGACAGCACCAUCAUCUGAAUCGGCUUCUGCGACAGCACCAUCAUCUGAGUCGGCUUCUGCGACAGCACCAUCAUCUGAGUCGGCUUCUGCGACAGGACCAUCAUCCGACUCGGCUUCUGCUACAGCACCAUCAUCCGACUCGGCUUCUGCGAACGGACCAUCAUCCGACUCGGCUUCUACGACAGCACCAUCAUCCGACUCGGCUUCUGCGACAGCACCAUCAUCCGACUUGGCUUCUGCGACAGCACCAUCAUCUGAGUCAUCUUCUGUGACAGCACCAUCAUCUGACUCGGCUUCUGCGACAGCACCAUCAUCCGACUCGGCUUCUGCGACAGCACCAUCAUCCGAUUCGGCUUCAGCGACAGCACCAUCAUCUGAGUCGGCUUCUGCGACAGCACCAUCAUCUGAUUCGGCUUCUGCGACGACAUCAUCACCUGACUCAGCACCGUUAUCUGCAACUUCGCUCUCACUGCCAGCACCAUCAUCCGACUCGGCUUCUGCGACAGCACCAUCAUCCGACUCGGCUUCUGCGACAGCACCAUCAUCCGACUCGGCUUCUGCGACAGCACCAUCAUCCGACUCGGCUUCUGCUACAGCACCAUCAUCUGACUCGGCUUCUGCGACAGCACCAUCAUCUGAGUCGGCUUCUGCGACAGCACCAUCAUCUGAUUCGGCUUCUGCGACAGGACCAUCAUCCGACUCGGCUUCUGCGACAGCACCAUCAUCCGACUCGGCUUCUGCGACAGGACCAUCAUCCGACUCGGCUUCUGCGACAGCACCAUCAUCCGACUCGGCUUCUGCGACAGCACCAUCAUCUGACUCGGCUUCUGCGACAGCACCAUCAUCUGAUUCGGCUUCUGCGAUGGCAUCAUCACCUGACUCAGCACUGUUAUCUGCAACUUCGCUCUCACUGCCAGCUCCGUCGGUAUCAUUUGCAGCUUCAUCAGCCCUCAGCAGGGCUACAAGAAGUGUAAGAAGGAGUAUUGACCACAGCUUCAUGACUGACCUACAAUGUUGA